AUGAACAGAGUUAUCCUCCAGCUCGUCGCAGUGGCAUUCUGCUUCGCCAUCGGCCAAGCUCUGCAAUGCUACAAAUGCACUUUUGGCGUCGGGUCGCUUUGCAUUACCUCUGAAACCAAAUGUGCAGCCGGAGAGCAAUGCUACAGUGGUGUUGGGGAGGCAGCCGGCGUGGAUAUAAAGAUGAAGGGCUGUCUAAAGGUGGCUGAGUGCAACAGGACCGCGGAGACGAACCUUCCCGGCACCACCAACACCACUCUCUACACAAUGAUGAAGACGUGCUGCAACACUGACCUCUGCAAUGCAGCGCCCGGUCUGCCCGGGGCCUCCGGGCUCAGCCUGGCCCUCGCCACCAUCACUGCUCUGCUCAUGGCCCAAGUCCUGGUUUGA